AUGGCUUCCUACAUUGGCAACAAAACUAUGAUCACGUUCACAGCGGCCCUUACAAUUCUUGCUGUGAUAACCAUGAUGGUCGAGGCCCGAGACCUGUCCACCUCCACCGGUGGAUAUGGCGAGGAGGCCAUGAAAGUGAGGCAUCAGCAGUGGAUGGCGGAGCAUGGCCGCACCUACAAGGACGAGGCCGAGAAGGCGCGCCGGUUCCAGGUAUUCAAGGCGAACGCCGAUUUUGUUGACAGGUCCAAUGCCGCUGGCGGCAACAGUUAUCAGUUGGCGAUCAACGAGUUCGCUGACAUGACCAACGACGAGUUCGUGGCCAUGUACACUGGCUUCAAACCUGUGCCGGCAGGGGCAAAGAAGAUGUCCGGUUUUAAGUACGAGAACCUUAGUCUUUCAGACGCCGACCAGCAGGCGGUUGACUGGAGGCAGAAAGGUGCAGUCACCGGCAUCAAGAACCAGGGCCAAUGUGGUUGUUGCUGGGCAUUCGCUGCAGUGGCGGCCGUGGAGGGCAUCCACCAGAUCACGACGGGCAACCUGGUGUCGCUAUCGGAGCAGCAGGUGCUGGACUGCGACACCGACGGGAACAAUGGCUGCAACGGCGGCUACAUUGACAACGCCUUCCAGUACAUCAUCAGCAACGGCGGCCUCGCCACCGAGGACGCCUACCCGUACACCGCUGCGCAGGGCAGGUGCCCGUCGUCGGUCCAGGCGGCGGUCACCAUCAGCAGCUACCAGGACGUGCCAAGCGGCGACGAGGCAGCGCUCGCCGCAGCCGUCGCCAACCAGCCGGUGGCCGUGGCUAUCGACGCGCAUAACAACUUCCAGUUCUACAGUAGCGGGGUGUUGACCGCGGCCACCUGCGGCACGCCCAACUUGAACCAUGCCGUCACGGCGGUGGGCUACGGCACGGCGGAGGAUGGGACCCCGUACUGGCUGCUCAAGAACCAGUGGGGGCAGAGCUGGGGAGAGGGAGGAUACCUCAGGCUCGAGAGAGGCACAAACGCCUGCGGUGUCGCCCAGCAAGCCUCCUACCCGGUCGCAUGA